AUGCCGAGUGGUUCAGGCGUCAAAAUUUAUAUUGGCAACCUUCCGGAUCGAGCCAGGUCGGAAGAUAUUAAGAAUUGCUUUUCGAAGUAUGGUACCGUAGUCAAUAUGGAACUCAAAGGAAACUAUGGAUUUAUAGAAUAUGAAGAACGCCGAAUGUGUGAUGAAGCUAUCAGUCAUCUUCAUGGAACCGAAUUUCAGGGAUCUCAACUCCGUGUUGAAUUUGCUCACACCGAAAGAAAUGGAAGUUAUAACAACAAAUUUAGAGAAGGAAAAUCCAGCGAUACAUGUUUCAAAUGCGGUCAAGUCGGUCAUUGGGCACGAGAAUGUUCUAGCAACGCUCGAGAAUUGGUUUCUCGUAAACCUGGGGGUCGUUACGAAGAUAGACGCACUACAGACAGCUAUGUUAGGGAACCUUAUAAUGGCAGAGAAAACAGAGACAAAUACGAUAGAGACGAAAGAUACCCUCCUCCACUGCCUAUAGAACGUGGUGGCUAUGAACGUCCUUAUGAUCGCUAUGGCAGGGAACCUCCUGAGCUGGAAUACAGAAGAGACUAUCAAAAUUACGAUCGCAAUUACUAUCCUCCUCCCAGGGAAGGGUAUGAAAGAGAUGGAUAUGAUCGUAGACCAUUACCACCAGAUGUUGCACCGUACGCUGCUAGGGGCAGAACAGGUUCUCCACCACCACGUCGUGGCAGCUAUGAUAGGGGAAUAAGGGAAGCACCACCACCACCUACCUAUCGUGGUCGCUCCCCACCGCCGCCUUCCCGCUAUCCCGAACAAAUUAUUGGACCACAUUCUAUGAGACCCAUAUCUCCACGUACUGGAGGAAUUUACAGGCGUCGUUCUAUGAGCCCAAUGAGAAACAACAGGGCUCCCGUUUCUUAUUCUGGACGACAAAGAUCACCAAGUCCUAUAGGUAGAACAGGGCCACCUAGACGCGGACCAAGAACCCCUUCUCCACCUAGACGCUAA